AUGUCGUGGCAGAUCAUUCUGGGAUCGUCAUCACAAAGCCGGCAGCAGGUGCUGCGGGAAAUAGGCGUGCCAUUUGAGAUCAUGAAGCCAGGGAUAGACGAGGAGGCCAUUCGAAGUGCAGACCCCAACGAGCUUGUCUCCCUCCUCUCUCGCGCCAAGGCAGACGCCCUGCUAACCAAGCUAAAGGCUGAGGGACGAACCUUCGCGGAAAGUGCGGAUGUGCCAACUUUGCUAAUAACUGCUGACCAGGUGGUGGUGCAUGAGGAUCGGAUUCUGGAGAAGCCUCUCUCCGAAGCUGAGGCUCGGGAGUUCAUCCGAGGCUACUCUUGCGCGCCUGCCCGCACUGUAGGGGCAGUUCUCAUAACGAAUCUGAACUCGGGCAAGCAGGCAGCAGCAGUGGAUGUUGCAGAGGUUUACUUUCGGGCCAUUCCUGACUCUGUGAUCGACCAGCUGGUGGCAGAGGGCGACAUUUUCUACUGCGCUGGAGGGCUCAUGGUAGAGCAUCCCCUGGUGGCGCCGCUGGUGGAGAAGAUGGUGGGGGGUAUCGAUGCAGUCAUGGGGCUGUCCAAAGAGACAACCGUGGCACUCAUUGCCCAAGGCGGGGGCAUUGUGAAUGGGGAGGCGCUGAAGGUGUACCCGAGGGAGGAGUUUCCUGCGGAGUUUGAGUUUCCGGGAAGCGACAGAAUACCGUCGACAAUGGCCGCUCUCGCCAACGCCGCUGUGCUCCCGUCCACCUUCGUCGGUCAGAGCGCUGAGCUCGCCGCCAAGGUGAACAAUGUCGAGGCCCGUGUGACCAUGAGGAAGACCGCCAAGGCGGCUCCCAGCAGCGCCUUCUACGGCCCCGACCGCAACCUGUUCCUGGGCCCGUUCUCCUCCCCCCCGUCGUACCUGACCGGCGAGUACCCCGGUGACUACGGCUGGGACACCGCGGGUCUGUCCGCUGACCCCGAGACCUUCGCCAAGAACCGCGAGCUCGAGGUGAUCCACGCUCGCUGGGCUCUUCUCGGUGCCCUCGGCUGCCUGACCCCCGAGCUCCUCGCCAACAACGGCGUCGAGUUCGGCGAGGCUGUGUGGUUCAAGGCCGGUGCUCAGAUCUUCUCCGAGGGUGGCCUUGACUACCUCGGCAACCCCAGCCUGAUCCACGCGCAGUCCAUCCUGGCCAUCUGGGCCACCCAGGUCAUCCUCAUGGGUGCCGUCGAGAGCUACCGCGUGGGUGGCCUUGAGGGCUUCCAAGAGGUUGAGGACCCCCUGUACCCCGGCGGUGCCUUCGACCCCCUGGGUCUGGCUGACGAUCCCGAGGCCCUCGCUGAGCUCAAGGUGAAGGAGCUCAAGAACGGCCGCCUCGCCAUGGUGUCGAUGUUCGGCUUCUUCGUGCAGGCCAUCGUCACCGGCAAGGGCCCCCUGGAGAACCUGUCCGACCACCUGGCUGACCCCACCGUCAACAACGCCUGGGCCUAUGCCACCAACUUCACCCCCGGCGCUUAA